AUGGACCAUCUUCCUGUUCCAAAAUGUCCGCAAAACAGACCCCAGUCUGUUUUGUGCCUUGCCCAGCAAGAUUUUGAUGGGGGAGAUUUUGACACCUAUCCAGAGCGUGCAGGCUGGGGCGAGAGGAGCAGAAAAGAAUGGGCCGUUGAGUUUCAACGGAAAUCUCCAGAGUUCCAAGGGUUUUUGCACACGUGGAGGUUUUUCGGCCUAACUUCCACACUCUUGACAAUCGACAACGGCAGACCACCGCGUAUCAGCGACCUUACUCGCCAUACAACUGCAGGACGCAUAAUUGAUACUUCAAAGCUUCCGGGCAUGUUGGAAACCUUUAUCCGAAAUAAUUCUCUUUCCCAGGUCCGAGAUGUUGUCGAUCUCGAGCGUCUCUUGGAGGACAUCAACCUUUCUCUUGUAAACCCCCUUCAAACAAUGGACGACCAGAUUAGACGGCACAAGUUUAACAAUCGACUUUCAACUAUCUUAACGGUAAUGCUCACUUCUAUAAUGAAUGAGUCUCGAUUUCGGAGGACUCAAACUGCAUGCGAUUGCUCAAUUGAUCCAUCUCGAGUUGAGUCACUCAAUACAUUUAUCAACAACGCCGUCAUUGUCGAUCCUCUACCUGUUUUAGUCCAGGACUCUAUCGAUCUCCUUUUGGAUGCUCUGACCUCUUCGUUCCUUCCGAAACAUCCCCAAAAAUACCUAAACGAACUGUCAGUAGAAUCGAUAAGCACAUACGCGCCGGUUCUCAGCCAAACCCUUCGAUCGCAAUCAAUCCAUAUCAGCCCGAGAAGCUCAGUCAUCUCGAAUAUGAUUAAGAAUGGCUGGUGUCCGUCAUUGACGUCCCAAUUGCGCCAACGAUUUGGAAUCUCUGCUCUGGUGUUCAUCAGCAACUUGGAGCGACCUGAUAGCUUAAUGCACGGAGCAUGCAGCGAGGUCAGGUGUGCUUUUGACAAAGUCGACCAGAAAAACUAUAUAAGAGCGCAUGCUGACGGAUGCGCUGGCGCAGCUAGCUGCUUUGAUGUAUGUGUCGACAAAGCUGAAAUGCAUGAAACCUUAAAGAAUGACCGGUUUCCCAUCAUCAACGUCAUUAAUCAGAACAAUAAUCUGUUAUCGAUGAAUAUUUCGGGUUCUGAAAGCACAAAAGAAUACGUUGCUAUUUCUCACGUUUGGUCAGAUGGCUUGGGAAACCCAAAGGCAAACGCAAUACCUCAUUGUCAGCUCCAAGCAUUAGGCAGCAUGGUAACUAGCCUCCCCGUUCCUACAUCAGCAGGAAACCUGGCACCAUUCUGGCUUGAUACCAUCUGUUGUCCUAUCGAAGAGAGCAAGGACCAAGAAGCUGCCAUACGUCUGAUGAGGGAUACUUAUGAGAAGGCAUCCGUGGUGUUGGUAUUGGAUUCGUCUACCCUCACCCUCAGCACAACAGACAUGAACGGCGACGUUGAAAUCCUGAUGAGAAUAUUCCGUUCUCGCUGGACUACCAGAUUGUGGACUCUUCAGGAAGGGGCUCUGGCACAACGGCUGUUUGUGCAGUUUGCCAAUGGGCCCUACGAUAUGCAAGAAGGCAUCAAACGUAUUCAAAAGAACGCUGACAUGAGUAUGGAGUACACAGUCAUCCCUACGAUCUUGAAAGAGUUUCUCGAACUUCGGGUGUUUCAAAUUCCAAGCAUGUCGACUGAACAGAAGCUUACCGCCAUUUCAAGAGCUUUACAAUUCCGCGCAACCAGUGUUGAAACAGAUGAACCGUUGUGUUUGGCUACACUGCUAGGUUUCGAUACUCAAACAAUUAUGGCUACCCCUCCAAAGGAAAGAAUGCAGCGCUUUUGGGAUUCCAUGUCUGGGAUUCCACCAGACAUUCUCUUCCUAGACUCUUCAAGAAUGUCUGAGGAUCGGUACAAAUGGGCUCCACGAAGCUUCUUGAGGACGGAAGCAGAUGGUCCUAGUCAAACAAGGCGCUUGAUCUACCACGACUAUACAGAAAGUGUACCAAGAUUUGCGAACAACGGUCUCCAACUUACAGCACCCGUCAUAAAGACAGCAUUCCAUUGGAACAGGCCUGUAGGGAACGCCUUCUAUAUCUUUGCCCUCAAAGAUGAUGAAAUGAAUGGGGACUGGUACUGGAUUCGGACGAACAUGAGCAGAGCAAAGGCUGCAGAGAAAUAUUCUCAACCGUUCGACAGAUGCGACCACGUCCAAGAGUGCCUUAGGAUGUUGCCACCUGUAUCACAACCAAAAGAUCGAAUAUUGAUUAUUAUGCUCAAGAGGCAAAAAUCAAUAGAUGUAAUGGGAGAGACUGAGGGAUUUCUUUUGUAUGGAACAUCAACCACAGAAUCAAUAUCCGCGCAACCGAUCGAAGAUGGAAUGAAUGAUGCGGGAGGUGGAAGAACGAGUUCAAAUGGGAAGACUACAGCGACCCCUGAUGCUUCCAUCAUGGUUCACGAGACGGGAGAGAAAAUGAUUCAGGUGCCGGGCAAUGCAAAUAGCGUUAUGGAGAAGACCUUUGAUGUCAAGCCAAGAUCCAGUGACUGA